AUGAGUACGCCGCUGCUACGCCGCGACUGGUUCAAUCCUGCCUUGAAUUCAUCCCACAAUGCUGCGUUCCGCAAUACACCUGGGAGCCUAUCGGUCAACAAUGUGCCAUCGACAAGUUCAUCCAGGAAUGCACACGGCAAAGCUAUAUCGCCCAAGAACCGGUCUGGCAACGCAGUCAAUGUCUACGCCAACUUGCCACCGCGCAAUAGCAACAACAAUGUGCCCACAACACCCAGCCCGCAGCCGCCGACGCCGCCACUAGCAAAAGCCUCAGCAGCGUUAACACCGCUAAUCCCCACGAACGCGCGACUUGAUCUGCAUCUGCGGCCGUAG